AUGUCGUCAAACGAGGAAGAUGGCGCAACCAUGACCCCCAUAACCCCGGGCCCGAACCCCUUCAACUUCCAGACUCAAGUGAUAUCGACGACGCCUGUGAAAUCGAACAUAGGGCAGCGCCGUGGUCACAGAUACAAGCAUAGUAGCAUCUCGACCCAGCAUCAGAUCUUCCAGGAGCCACCGCCACGCCCGCCCCCCGUGCUUCCCGCCUCGCUACCGAUCCCAACAUUAAGAGAAGCAUGGAAGAGUAUGCGCAAGGACCAGCGCCUGCGGCUAUACUGGUGCUUGUGCCACCUGGCUGUGGCCAUGUACAUCUUUUACAAGUCCGAGGGAUCGCUUGCUGCCGUUGCUCUAUCCCACCUGGUCUUCUUCGAUGCCGGGAGCGCCGCUGUGUGCGUCGCAGUCGAGGUCCUCGGGAAUUUCGAGGUUUGGCGUCGAAGCAGCAUUCGCCACCCGUUCGGUCUUGAGAGAGCCGAAGUGCUGACCGGUUUCGCCAUGUCGGUGUUCCUGCUUUUCGGGGGGUUUGAUCUCGUGUCACACAACCUCAAGCAUUUCCUCGAAUCUCUCGGCAGCCACGAAGCCCACCACGAACACGAACAUGGCCAUGUGUCGGCCUCAUCUAUCGAUAUCAUCGCUGGGGCAGCUAUUGUGAGCACUCUGAUCUCAGCAUACGGACUCCGAAACCAUGCCCGGAUAGCCAAGGUUAUGAGGGUCUCCUACUUGGCUCAUCUUCCAAGCAUUCUAUCGAACCCUUUCCACUUUCUCACAUUGUCCUUUUCGGCACUCAUUGCUCUUCUGCCACUCAUGUCGAUUGCCCUAUACACGUGGCUCGACCGUCUCAUCUGCGCCGUCAUUUCUUUCGCCAUGUUCGCAGUUGGUAUCCGCGUGGCCGUCGCCCAGGGCCUCAUGCUCCUAAUGUCAUACGGCGGCAAUGGUGGAAACAAUGUCGUUUCCUCUAUCCUGCGCGAGAUCGAGUCCGAUGCCGGCGUUCAACGAGUGGAAAACGCCCAGUUCUGGCAGGUCCAUUAUGGCUUGUGCAUGGCAAACCUCAAACUCAGUGUUGCACGAGGCUACGAUGAGGUCUCGCUUGGCAAAUUGAGGAACCGGAUUUCAUCCCUGAUCCAGAACCGCCUGGGCGAGGGAUACGGGCAUGGUGGAUACACGCGUUGGGAAGUUACUCUCCAGAUGGACACGGACCUCGUAUCUUAG